AUGUCUGAGGACGAAACUGCGAAACUAUGGAAGGUCAAUCGGACAAUACAUGAACUUGUAAAAGAUAGGGGGUACCAAGUCUCGGACGAUGAGAUCAACAUGGACCUGACUACAUUCAGGUCGCACUAUGCAAACAGUGGAGGCAGCGUCGAUCGAAACCAACUUAAUUUCUUCACGAACUCCAGAGAAAAUCCAACAGACCAGAUUUUUAUAUUCUUUUCAGACGAGAAAAGCGUUGGCGUUAAAACAAUGCGGAAGCUUCUGGGUAUUCUCGAGGAGAAGUCGAUUAUGCGGGGGAUCAUUAUCUUUCCUGGCAACAUGACUCCAUCUGCGCGAAAAGUAAUUGCGGCGAUGUCCCAACAAUAUCGGCUCGAGGAGUUCUCAGAAGCCGACCUCCUCGUCAAUAUCACGCAUCACACACUGGUCCCGCGGCAUGAGGUGUUGACUGUCGAGCAGAAAAAACAACUUCUUGAAAAAUAUCGGCUGAAGGAGACCCAGCUUCCUCGAAUACAGCUGGCCGACCCCGUGGCACGAUACUAUGGACUUCGGAGAGGCCAAGUCGUCAAAAUCACUCGUCCUAGUGAAACCAGUGGCCGAUAUGCCAGUUAUCGUAUAUGUUUCUAG